AUGAACCAGCGGACGGAGCGCCGCGGGAUCCACGUGGACCAGUCGGAGCUGCUCUGCAACAAGGGCUGUGGUUACUAUGGCAACGUGGCCUGGCAGGGCCUAUGCUCCAAGUGUUGGCGGGAAGAGUACCAGCGGGCCCGACAGAAGCAGAUCCAGGAGGACUGGGCCCUGGCUGAGAAGUAAGUAGGCCCACCUGUGAAAGGUUAUAAUCAAUUGCAAUGUGUCGUCAGUGCUGUGGUGCAUUCCUUUUCGCCAAGACGGUUCAAAUCUAAGGCCGAAACGUAUGCCCUUCCUCAGUGGCAGGGUAGAUACUUUUUUACACCACAGAGUUUCAUGUGGGAUGCCUCAUUGUUGGGGAAUGUCAACAUUCAGCCCCAGGUCACUGGCCAGCAGAAUCAAGCUGGUUUGUCUUAUCCACAUCCUAUUCUAGCUUGAGACGGUAGUAGAGGAUUUAUAUAUGAUAAUCGAAAGAGUUUGGGAGCAUUAAAGAAAUGUUAAUUUUACUAGCUUUCGUCCAACCCUUACCCUCCCUUGACACAUGCUAAUUAAAACAGGACACCAGCGGUUUGUUGAAUAAUAGCCUCAAGUAAAACAGUCUAAUCGCCAGUUGUUCCCCCGGGUCUCCCUCAGGCUGCAGAAGGAGGAGGAGGCUGCCUAUGCCAGUAUCCAGGGGGCCCAGGCUCAACCCCAGGCAUCACUUGCCCCCUUCUCUAAGUUCGAGGAGAAGAAGACCAACGAGAAGACGCGCAAGGUGACCACCGUGAAGAAGUUCUUCAGUCCCUCGUCACGGACAGCCCCCAAGAAAGGUACUGACUGACUGACUCUGAAAACUCAUAAAGACCGCUCUGCUUUCCCUCUUACACGUUAAAUCCUGAGUUAUCUCAAUGGCAUUUCUCCAGUGCAGUUUUUGACACACACACUUUCCACCCCGGCGUAUCAGCCUAAUACUUGUCUCAUCAGCUCACUUCCUUGGCAGUGAUCCCCGGAGGCUCUAAAGCAGGGCAUGACCAGCUCAGAGGGUGAUUGAUCUACAAGGUAUUCUUUUCCCUCCAAGCCCAUUACAGCCUAUUAUACCUUGGUGUAUUUAGUGACUCCCUCUAUGAGCCCUAACUGUUAGGUAAGCUCCUAUACAAUGGCCCCAAGGUUAUUGAGAACAAUUUACAAACUUCAAGGUGCCCCCUCUCUUUUUGCCUAAUCUCAUUGUGGGGAUCAUGGUUGACUGUCAUUGAUGCCUCACUCGUCCAUAUUGUAACUUUGUCUCAUCACUCAUUUCACUUUUGCUUUGGAGUCACAGCUGCUGCUCACCAAUUUCUAGUGUUAUGUCGUGCUAUCGACUGUUUUCCAUGUCCUUUCCAACUCCUUUUUUCUCUUUGAUACCCCCUCAUGAUAAUGCAAUUGUUUCCCAAACCAAACAACCCCCCCUCCUUCUAUCCCUCUCUGAACCACUCGUUCUGCACUUAUCUGCCAUUGUUUGUUGCUCGAUGAAUUCAUUCAUUUGUCAUCCAUUAUUCUCCCUACCCACACCCAUUCCACCUUCGCCCACCUCUCUCAAAUCUACCCAUUCUCUCUUGUAUGCCAUUCUGGCACCCUUCACCCCCCCGUUUCCCAUGCCCUGCGGCCCCAAUUGGCCCUGCCAUCUCAUUCUCAGCCCCCAGUGAGGGAGAGGAGAAGGUGACAGGCCUCAGAGACUGGAGAGGAAUGUUUACUCCCCCUUGGGAAAUGGGCUCCCCCACAGAAGGUACAGUAAUCACUUCUACCAUUGGAGAGGAGAUUUGCAGUGGAUAUCACCCCCAUUUUAAUCCCUGUAGUUUUAAAACCAACUAGGAACUCAUAAGGGCUUUACCAGUGUAGUUGACUUAAUGUUACCUUCCAACAUGGUGGCAUUAAGAUGUACCAAUAGUGGCACCCGCUCAGUCUGAUUGGCUGAGAGACCUGUCCAUCAAAUUGACUGCCCUGCUCUGGUUGGUUUUUAGUUUGUUUGAUGUGAAUUGUGCAUCUGUGUGUGUGUUUAACAACAGUCCCUUUUUCAUGUUGCUCAUAAUGUUAAUUAUCUCACUGUGUCCUCCUCUUGCGUAUGGUCAUUAUACUGGCAGCACUGGUGGCCAGACUCAGAGGUGGGUGUCUGUCGUUCUCUCUGUAGUUGUAGAAACACUUCUACAGAAUAGAGAAAAGUGUCCCUUUAUAGUCCACUGAAACUCCCAACAAUGUGUUCUUGCAAUCACCAGCAAAAGCGGGUGUAAAGAAUCUGGUUAUUUGUACUUGUGAUGCAAUACUAUUGAUUGCAUAUUUGGGUCUGUUUUCCUGACAUUGCCUCAGCUCUUAUGUAAAGAUGCACAGGUUAGACCUGUCAGUGUUUUGGUUUUAAACCCUUCUGACCUGUUUACCUUCUUUACCUGAGGCUCAGUCAGUUCAUGGCUCUAGACAAAAAAAAAUCCCGGGUGGCACUGGUGCCACUAACUUUUUCAGUUGGUGGCACCAGCCCAUGAUUUGGUGGCACCCCCCAUAAAACAAUUUUGCAGCGUUACUCAAUAGAAUACAUUUGAGUCUUAUGAAGUAAUUCUAAAGUCAAUCACAAUGCUUUAUUAAGAAGUGUAAUAGACUACUGAGAUAGAUAAAAACGUUUUAUUAAAUACUAACUUGUCCAAGCAGGAAUGCAUGAUUCCAAAUAUUGUGAUAUUAUGCAACCUAAUCCAGUGAUUGUCAUGAAUGUUGGGUUGACAAUUAGGAUAUUUUUGUUAUUUUACUGUCAAAAGAGGGCUCCAGAAUUUUCAGAAUUCUUUGUUCAAUAGAGAUUUUUUUCAUCUUUCUGUUUACUAAUAUUAUAUAUAGGCCUAAUUCAAUUGGUGCUAAUUCACCACCUGAGGAAGUGGAAACUCAAAACAGUUGCUAGAUUUCUAACUCUAAAUAUAACACCUACAGCUAGUAAAUCAAAUCAAAUUUUAUUGGUCACAUAUUUAGAAGAUGUUAUUGUUAUUGCGGGUGUAGCGAAAUGCUUGUGUUCCUAGCUCCAACAGUGCAGUAGUAUCUAACAAUUCACAACAAUACACAAAUCUAAAAGUAAAAUAAUGGAAUAAAGAAAUAUAUAAAUAUUAGGACGAGCAAUGUCGGAGGGGCAUUGACUAAAAUACAGUAGAAUAGAAUACAGUAUAUACAUAUGAGAUGAGUAAAGCAGUAUGUAAACAUUAUUCAAGUGGCCAGUGAUUCCAUGUCUAUGUAUAUAGGGCAGAAGCCUCUAAGGUGCAUGGUUGAGUAGCCGGGUGGUAGCCGGCUAGUGAUGGCUAUUUAACAGUCUGAUGGCCUUGAGAUAGAAGCUGUUUUUCAGUCUCUCUGUCCCAGCUUUGAUGCACCAGUACUGACCUUGCCUUCUGGAUGAUAGCAGGGUGAACAGGCCGUGGCUUGGGUGGUUGAUGUCCUUGAUGAUCUUUUUGGCUUUCCUAUGACAUCGGGUGCUGUAGGUGUCCUGGAGGGCAGGCAGUGUGCCCCCGGUGAUGCGCAGACCGUACCACCCUCUGGAGAGCCCUGCGGUUGUGCACGGUGCAGUUGCCGUACCAGGCGGUGAUACAGCCCGACAGGAUGCUCUCAAUUGUGCAUCUGUAAAAGUUUCUGAGGGUCUUAGGGGCCAAGCUGAAUUUCUUCAGAGUCUUGAGGUUGAGGUUGCGCCUUCUUCACCACACUGUCUGUGUGGAUGGACCAUUUCAGAUCGUCAGUGAUGUGUACGCCGAGGAACUUGAAGCUUUCCACCUUCUCUACUGCGGUCCCAUCGAUGUGGAUAGGGGCGUGCUCCCUCUGCUGUUUCCUGAAGUCCACGAUCAGCUCCUUCGUUUUGUUGACGUUGAGGGAGAGGUUAUUUUCCUGGCACCACUCCGCCAGGGCCCUCACCACCUCCCUGUACGCUGUCUCGUCAUUGUUGGUAGCCAUGUACACUGAACAAAAAUAUAAAUGCAACAUAUAAAGUGUUGGUCCCAUGUUUCAUGAGCUGAAAUAAAAUAUUCCAGAAAUGUUCCAUAUGCACAAAAGGCUUUUCUCACUAAUUUUGUGCACUAAUUUGUUUACAUCCCUGUUGGUGAACAUUUCUCCUUUGCCAAGAUAAUCCAUCCACCUGACAGGUGUGGCAUAUCAAUAAGCUGAUUAAACAGCAUAAUCAUUACACAGGUGCACCUUGUGCUGGGGACACUAAAAGGCCACUAAAAUGUGCAGUUUUGUCACACAACACAAUACCACAGAUGUCUAAAGUUUUGAGGGAGCGUGCAAUUGGCAUGCUGAUUGCAGGAAUGUCUACCAGAGCUGUUGCCAGAUAAUUGAAUGUUCAUUUCUCUACCAUAAGCCACCUCCAAUGUCAUUUUAGAGAAUUCGGCAGUACGUCCAACCGGCCUCACAACCGCAGACCAUGUAUAUUGCGUCGUGUGAGUGAGUGGUUUGCUGAUGUCAACGUUGUGAACAGAGUGCCCAAUGGUGUCGCUGGGGUUAUGGUAUGGGCAGGCAUAAGCUACGAACAACGAACACAAUUGCAUUUUAUCGAUGGCAAUUUGCAUGCACAAAAAAUACCAUGACGAGAUCCUGAGGCCCCUUUUUUUUGGGGGGGGGGUACUGUAUCUGUGACCAACCGAUGCAUAUCUGUAUUCCCAGUCAUGUGAAGUCCAUAGAUGAGGUCCUAAUGAAUUUAUUUCAAUUUACUGAUUUCCUCAUAUUAACUGUAACUGAGUAAAAGCAAUGAAAUUGUUGCAUUUAUAUUUUUGUUCAGUAUAUUAAUCUAACAGUUGAAUGUAAUGGCCUAAAAAAUGCAAUGAGGCCCAGUGCAGUCGCAAUUUCGCACGCUCCGUAUUUCAAAGCCAUUUCCGAUAUCUAGAUUGUAAAACAGUGUGCUUUUGAGCUCAAUAAUGAGUAUUGAGAAAUAAAAUGUAUACUUACAGAAAGCUGAGUCCCUCCUCUCUUUAAUAUGGACAACUAGUUGCUUCCAAAGUCGUUUUUUUAAUGCAAUUGCAUUUGGAAAUGUUAUGCAAUCACGAGGGGUUCACGAGGGGUACACGAGGGGGGGAGAGAUUGUGAGCGGCUCGCUCAUUACAGCAGCCGGCCCCAGCGAAACAGGCAGGCACUGCGGCAGGUCAGACACUUAUUAAAGGAAUCAUGAGGAUAAUGCACUUUACAAAUUCAUGGUUUUAUCCAUCCAAAAAAUAGGACGUUUUGAUUGAAGUGACCAGGUACAGUGCAGCUCGCACUAGUGAGACCAAUUAAAAAGUUAACUCGUACAGGCAAGUAAAAGGGUCGCAAAAUGUGACUAAAUGGUCGCCGUCUCGAGCCCUGCAGUUAGCGAGAGCAACCAUGAAGAGGAAGGUCUAGGCACUGCAUCGCAGUGCUAGCUGUGCCACUAGAGAUCCUGGUUCGAAUCCAGGCUCUGUCAUAGCCGGCCGCGACCGGGAGACCCAUGGGGCGGCGCACAAUUGGCCCAGCGUCGUCCAGGGUAGGGGAGGGAAUGGCCGGCAGGGAUGUAGCUCAGUUGGUAGAGCAUGGCGUUUGCAACGCCAGGGUUGUGGGUUCGUUUCCCACGGGGGGCCAGUAUGAAAAAUAAAAAUAAAUAAUGUAUGCACUCACUAACUGUAAGUCGCUCUGGACUAAAAUGUAAAAAAAAAAAAAAAUGUAAGGCAUGGGGAAACAUUUCAAAAAACACAAGUCAUGGUGUCCUCCCCUCAGAGAACCAGGAGGGCAAGACCCCCAGCCCCUCCAUCAGCCGCCAGUCCAGCAUCGAGACUGACCGCGUAUCCAGAGACUUUGUGGACUUCCUGAAGAUCCUGCAGAAGCCAGGCCGCGAGAUCCACAAGCAGAGCAGAGCCUUCAUCGAGAUCAUGGCCAACAAAAAGGUCAGUUGAAAACAAGUCUGUGAAUGCUCAUUCAACGAUUUUCCAAGCACAGGGUAAAAAAUAUAUAAUCUGAAAAGAAUAGAAAUACCUGCACAAUUUAUGCUUGUGUGUAACAUUUUUGUUGUAACAUUUUCACCAGAAGGUCUUCGUCCAGCUGAAACUUUGCAAUAAACUAAAUGGGAGCAUAUGCAGCAGUGUGUAGGUUUUUCUGUUUUUUCAACAAAGGUCAGCCUUGAAAAUCUAAACUGAAAGAAUAGCUUUUAUGUGUAUGUUUUGUAAUGGAAUAUUGCUGUUUUUAUAUGGCAAAACACUCCAAUGCUCUCUCUUGUUUGGAAAAAUAUAGUGCUUUUAUUGAUUUAUUGGUUAGAUCAGUAGUUCUGUUGUACAUGGCUUCACAGAACCGUGUCAGCCCUUUUGUGUUUUGUCUAUGGUAUAUCUGUUGUAGAAAAGGAAUGCAAUUAUAUAAACAGACACACUGAGCUGUUAUGUUAAGAUUUAAAAGUUGUUAUUUCAAGCUAUCACAUUUGAUCUGGAACAUGCAAUUUUGGUAUGUUAUGGUAUGUAGUUCCUCUUAUAUCGUCCAGACAUUGACAUAUAUUGACAAAUACCUGGGAUGACCUCUGACCUCUCAGGACUUAGGUGCUGAUGAGCUGUCUGAGUGUGUCCAAGACUUCUACCAGAACAUGUCCGACCGCCUCAUGACCCAUUUUAAAGGUGGGUUCAAACAUGACUCAAUCUGCCAUAAAGGAAUACAAGAUAUCACACUGUACGUAACAAAAUGCACCACAAAAAUAUAAAUACAAUGCAUUCACAAAAUGUUACCAAACUGUGUCCCAAUGUGUGGUUUCAAUUAAUGGAGAAUAGUGUAUUCUACUGCACAAUAGUGUUCUGUUGGUCUUUUCGAAGGCUUAAGCAUGAAACACACCGAGAAUCUCACUGCCGAUAGGUACUUAUCACAGUGGGAGGCCAUUCCUUCUCUUGCUAGAACAAAAGCGGUAGCUGCUACAUGCCGACCCGGUAAUGACGAACCUAACGAUUCUAUUUGUAGAAUUGCAAUGUUCGUCAGUAGCGAACAACUUCACUUUGAGCCAAUCAGAGAGCACGAACCCCCACGUGGGGUAGCCAACAAAAAAAAAUAGGGCAUUUUCUCCGUACAUUCAUGGAUGAGCAAGUCAAACUUCAUAUGCAAUGUAUGGGAUGGUAGCUAGCUAAGUGAACAGACGCAAUGCACACAACACUAAAUACUUCCUCCAAGCUAGCUAACCACUAGUAGUGACAUUAUAAAACAAUUUCCAUGAAACAGCUGCCUGUGUUAGUGCAGUGUCCUUAGCUAGCUAUGUUGUGCUAGCUAGCGAAUAUUCUAACGUUAGCUAGCUAAACAUUUGGCUAUGGGCUGGCACUGGCAGUAUGGGAUUAUGGAAAGUGAAUUAAAUUGUUCCUACGUCAUCUUGCUAGGUAGUUAUCUAGCUGUAGUCAUCUGGCUAGUAUCAACAAGGGCUUUCUACAAAAUAGCAACAUUAGCGCAGAUAGCUUGGAAUGUAGACCAUAAGCAAUACGCACGGUAAUGCAUUGGCAAGCAACACUACUGCCACCUUCUGGUUUGGAGUAUUUUAACAAGGCUGAGUGGCUGACAACUUCCAAGAUUUUUGCUGUGUGAACACAAAAGAGAUUGACUGCCAACACUCUUAAGUGGUGGGCCGAAGCUUUAAAAUGUUUAGUUGAUCGAUCCCUGUCGAGGGAGGAGCAGAUUUUUUUUUGGAUAUGACCGUAAAACAUUCUUAUGAUGACUAUAACAUUUGUUGGCACCUUCAAUUCUUGCACAUCUUCUCAUAAAAAGUAUAUUUAAAAACUCGGCCCCUCAGGCAAAUUUGUCGAACGACUAAACUUGGAACCAAUCAGAAAACGCGAGCUGUUGUCUGAUGAAGAGGAACAGAUAUAGCUAGCUACCAGACUGAAAUAAUAAUAAUAUUUUUUCGAGUGCACUGAAGAGGUAACUCCUUUGACCAUUUAUGCAAUUUAUUGAAAGCUAGACAAUAUUAGACUAGCCUAGCCAGCUACUGUGAAUGUCAAUUUGUGUUUCAUUAGCUAUCUCUCAGUGAGUUCAAUUGUUGAAUCAUAUUUUGGCAUGAUUAUAUGUCUAAUUUAAAGUAACUAGCUGCAGGCUUAAUGAAACAUUCAAUCAUAUACUUUGCAUAGAAACCCAAAUAAAAUCAUGUAGAUAGGAAGAUGUGUGUCUUGUAUGCUAGAAUAGAGGUUUAAAAACGACAGCUGCAGAUGCAUAUUAGCCAAUACAUAUGGCAUAGCUUACACAUAUAGCAUUCAUUGCAAUACAAUCUUCUCUAAAAACAGUUGUACAAUGUGCUCUGCAAUAAGAUAACCAGAGUUUGAUUUCUAAACCAGAUGAGUUUUCAAAUAGCAGCUGCCCAAUACCAUGGGGGGCAUGCAUAAUGUUGGAUGCAUUGGAAGAUAUGGAGAAUGAUAAAGAGCCUGUAGAAUUAUAUAAAAAGACAACCGGCAAAUGCAUACAGUGAGGGAAAAAAGUAUUUGAUCCCCUGCUGAUUUUGUACGUUUGCCCACUGACAAAGAAAUGAUCAGUCCAUCAUUUUAGACUGAUCAUUUCUUUGUCAGUGGGCAAACGUACAAAAUCAGCAGGAGAUCAAAUACUUUUUUCCCUCACUCUUAAAGGGAGUGCUCCUAAUCUCAGCUUGUUACCUGUAUAAAAGACACCUGUCCACAGAAGCAAUCGAUCAAUCAGAUUCCAAACUCUCCACCAUGGCCAAGGCCAAAGAGCUCUCCAAGGAUGUCAGGGACAAGAUUGUAGACCGACACAAGGCUGGAAUGGGCUACAAGACCAUUGCCAAGCAGCUUGGUGAGAAGGUGACAACAGUUGGUGCGAUUAUUCGCAAAUGGAAGAAACACAAAAUAACUGUCAAUCUCCCUCGGCAUGGGGCUCCAUGCAAGAUCUCACCUCGUGGAGUUGCAAUGAUCAUGAGAACGGUGAGGAAUCAGCCCAGAACUACACGGGAGGAUCUUGUCAAUGAUCUCAAGGCAGCUGGGAUCAUAGUCACCAAGAAAACAAUUGGUAACACACUACGCCGUGAAGGACUGAAAUCCUGCAGCGCCUGCAAGGUCCCCCUGCUCAAGAAAGGACAAAUACAGGCCCGUCUGAAGUUUGCCAAUGAACAUCUGAAUGAUUCAGAGGAGAACUGGGUGAAAGUGUUGUGGUCAGAUGAGACCAAAAUCGAGCUCUUUGGCAUCAACUCAACUCGCCGUGUUUGGAGGAGGAGGAAUGCUGCCUAUGACCCCAAGAACACCAUCCCCACCGUCAAACAUGGAGGUGGAAACAUUAUGCUUUGGGGGUGUUUUUCUGCUAAGAGGACAGGACAACUUGACCGCAUCAAAGGGACGAUGGACGGGGCCAUGUACCGUCAAAUCUUGGGUGAGAACCUCCUUCCCUCAGCCAGGGCAUUGAAAAUGGGUCGUGGAUGGGUAUUCCAGCAUGACAAUGACCCAAAACACACGGCCAAGGCAACAAAGGAAUGGCUCAAGAAGAAGCACAUUAAGGUCCUGGAGUGGCCUAGCCAGUCUCCAGACCUUAAUCCCAUAGAAAAUCUGUGGAGGGAGCUGAAGGUUCGAGUUGCCAAACGUCAGCCUCGAAACCUUAAUGACUUGGAGAAGAUCUGCAAAGAGGAGUGGGACAAAAUCCCUCCUGAGAUGUGUGCAAACCUGGUGGCCAACUACAAGAAACGUCUGACCUCUGUGAUUGCCAACAAGGGUUUUGCCACCAAGUACUAAGUCAUGUUUUGCAGAGGGGUCAAAUACUUAUUUCCCUCAUUAAAAUGCAAAUCAAUUUAUAACAUUUUUGACAUGCGUUUUUCUGGAUUUUUUUGUUGUUAUUCUGUCUCUCACUGUUCAAAUAAACCUACCAUUACAAUUAUAUUUUGAUAAUGUCUUUGUCAGUGGGCAAACGUACAAAAUCAACAGGAGAUCAAAUACUUUUCCCCCUCACUAUAUGUGGUCUCAAUGUCUAAAUAGUGACGGCAGGGCUAAUUCAAACUGCAGGACUUGGUGAAUAGACCAUGGGAGAGAUAAGUGAGCGACAAUAAUGAAUAAAGAUGCUCAAACAAGAACGUGUAUCUGUAAUGGGUGUUCUUCAACUCUAAAAUGCACUAGACUGUGUAAGACAAAAUCCAGAAAAGGCAACAGGCAAAUGCAUAUGUGGUCUCAAUGUCUAAAUAGUGACUGCAGUAGGAUGGUUCUCCUCACAGGUGAGUGAAUCAGCCCAUGCUUGCUAAACAGCACUUGGUUGAUCUCUGGGAGCAGGACACAGGAGAGCUGAAUAGAUCAUGUGAGACAAAAGUGAGAGAAAAUAAUGAAUCAAAGAAAUCAUCACCGCAAAGGAAUGUAGUUUGUGAGCUAGAAAAUGAACAUCCUGACAGUCUGAGGCAGGGUGCUCUGCAAUCAUCCUACUCCAACUAUUGACAGGGAUAAUGUAGCAUUUCUUAUUUGUCAGUAUGACAUUAAUGGGUCUUGCCUUGAUGACUGUACUAGAUUUACACUACUUGUCCUAUAUAUUUUUGUAGUCUUAAAGUAUUACUUGGAAUCAACUGAAAGCCAAAACGCUCCUUGUCCUGGAAUGACAUGCUAGCUAGUGAUAACGCCAUCUGCUCCUGCUAGCUACUAGCAACAUAUCUACUUGUUGUAACUAGCUAGCUAAGAAAGCUAGCAAAAUUACUAAGGUUGCUGUGUUCUAUGUCAGGAGUCAUUUUACAGCUUGCAUUGAUGGUAUCAUGUUUCUAUAACUAAAUAGUUUGAUAAAAAAUAAAGCCUUUACCUGAGCAGUUUGUCGGAUGGAGAUCUCUCUCAAGAUGUCACCAGCUGUGUCUGCUACCUUAGACACGGAUAACGUGAUUGGCAGACGUGAUCAACAGAGAGUACACAAGUUUUUGAUUAGUUUACAGUUUAGUACUCGCCGGCAUUUGCUUGUCCAGCUAGCAAACAUAAAAGUGCAAGAACUGACAUUGCCAACAAACAGAAAUGUGUUCAGAAUAAAUAAAUAUACACAAGAUGUAUUUAUUUUUUUAAUAGCUCCUCCCUCGACAAAGAUCGAUCAUCUCGAAAACUAAAGCGGAUAGCUUGCUACGGCCCACCACCUAUCUGUUCAGAGGUGCUAAGUACUGUCGGCAGGCAAACAUUUGGCAAUUCUACCGGUGUGUCUGAGAUUUUACACAAUGCCUUUGGUUUCAUUUGCAAAAAUAAAUAUAUAUUAAUAUCUACUGUAAAUAUAAAAGUGAGGUCUAAAAUGUAAAUAAGCCUAUUUGACUCUAAGUAAGUCGCUCUGGAUAAGAGUGUCUGCUAAAUUACUAAAAUGUAAAUGUAAGUCCUUUCAGUCAUAUCAAAGGCUAAAGUCUUAUCUCUGGAUCCUCUGAUAUGGGAAACAUGUGUUUGGUAGAUUUCAGGACUUUUAGACUUAUGAUACCAAAUAGAUACCCUGUGAUGGAUUGGGUAGGUUACUUUCUAAAUGUAAUCCGUUACAGUUAGUAGUUACCUGUCAAAUUGUAAUCAGUAACGUAAUCUGAUUACUUUCUGUUACUUUUUAAUUACUUUCCCCUUAAGAGGCAUUAGAAGAAGACUAAAAUUAUCCAUCAAAUGCAUUUGGUGUGUCAUUGUAGUGGUCAUUGACUUGUGGUCAGACUCGCUCAGGCGGAAAAACUUAAACUUGCGCCUUUUUUCAAUGCUGAAUUGAAUGUCAUUGAGAAAACAAAGAUGUAUUUUUUAUAUUUAAAAGUUAUCCAAUAAGUAAUCAUAUAGUUUUUCAAAAGUAUCUAAUCUGAUUACAAUAUUUUUGCUGGUAACGUAAGUGAUUAGUUCAUUUUUUUGUAAUCAAAUUACGGAACGGAUUACGUGUAAUCAUGUUAAAUAUGUGACAUGUCGGUGUCUGAUAUGUCUGCCAUAUCUCAUCUGUUCCUCACUCUGUGUGCUAUUUUAUUGUGGGGGUGAAUACGUCUGGCUCAAUUGUUCCCUACAACGACAGCUGACCUCCUUCACAUAGAAGCUAGCUAACUUUAGCUAGCUCACAUCCAAAUGCCAGUCCUACAUUCUUCCACAAAAGCUAGAUAGCUCGCUAAAUCAGUUAAAAACCAACACUAAACUUUGGGCAAAUUGUCACAUUGCUACCUUACAAUGCACACAAUAGGCUUUCCAACACUCCAUAGUCCAAGCUACGGUAAGAGCUAGCCACAUUUUAGUGUCAGACAGGGCAAACACUGCAGCUAGCUACAUUUCCUUGACCAAGAUCAACCAAGAGACCAGUCAAUACACAACUCAAACUGUAGCUGAGAAAACAUAUUGCUAGCUAGCUAUGUUAAACCCCCAAUGCACAUGUAAACAACACCUCUGUUGUGCACUGCAGUGGGCAAAUGCAUACUCGCUACAAUCAGAAACCUCACCAGAGAAGCAUUGCUAUUUCAAACAUCCAGAAUAAAUUCCAGUACGCUCCCUCUCCUGUCUUCUUGACAUUUUAAUCCAAAUGUGCACUGAUCAACAGUGCCAAACUAUCAUUAAUGCCAUUUGAGAGUCUUGUACUUGACAGCUCCGAUCUGGAUGCUUGUCUAGCCCAUGUGUUGGGUACACUAUUUGUCAAUAACGCCGCCACAAAGGGCUAUUCUAGGGGCGGGAGGAGUAAAUAAAUUGAUAUAGAACGAUUUAUAACUCCGCUUUAGGCUAGAGACAAGCUGUAAAAGGCACAAGAAAGAUGCGGCUCUAGUGUACAUGGGGAUAUCUUUGUUUAGUCUCUAUGGCUGAGCUAUACGACCUUCAAAAGAUAAUGACUUAAAGCUGUUUUCUUUUACUUUGCUUUCAAUGGGAAUUAUGAGUCACAUUGUAAAAUAUAAGACUGUCACAAUUAGGGUUGCAAAGCUACUGGUAAUUUACAAAUGUUACCGGGAUCUUAUGUAAAUGUGGUAAUUAACAGAAAAUAUAUGGCAAUCUAUGGUAACUUUGGUAGUUUAUACUUGUAUAACUUUUUUUUUUAAAUACACUAUCGUUCAAAAGUUUGGGGUCACUUAGAAAUGUCCUUGUUUUUGAAAGAAAAGCAAUUUUUUGGUCCAUUAAAUACAGUGUAGACAUUAAUGUUGUAAAUGGCUAUUGUAGCUGGAAACAGCUGAUUUUUUUAAUUUAUUGAAUAUCUACAUAGACGUACAGAGGCCCAUUUAUCAGCAACCAUCAGUCCUGUGUUCCAAUGGCACGUUGUGUUUGCUAAUCCAAGUUUAUCAUUUUAAAAGGCUAAUUGAUCAUUAGAAAACCCUUUUGCAAUUAUGUUAACACAGCUGAAAACUGUUGUGCUGAUUAAAGAAGCAAUAAAACUGGCCUUCUUGAGACUAGUUGAGUAUCUGGAGCAUCAGCAAUGGUGGGUUCGAUUUACAGGCUCAAAAUGUCCAGAAACAAAUAACUUUAUUCUGAAACUCGUCAGUCUAUUCUUGUUCUGAGCAAUGAAGGCUAUUCCAUGCGAGAAGUUGCCAAGAAAUUGAAGAUCUCGUACAACGCUGUAUACUACUCCCUUCACAGAACAGCGCAAACUGGCUCUAACCAGAAUACAAAGAGGAGUGGGAGGCCCCGGUGCACAACUGAGCAAGAGGACAAAUACAUUUGAGUGUGUAGUUUGAGAAACAGACGCCUCACAGGUCCUCAACUGGCAGCUUCAUUAAAUAGUACCCGCAAAACACCAGUCUCAACGUCAACAGUGAAGAGGCGACUCCGGGAUGCUGACCUAGGCAGAGUUGCAAAGAAAAAGCCAAAUCUCAGACUGGCCAAUAAAAAUAAAAGAUUAAGAUGGGCAAAAGAACACAGACACUGGACUUUUUCUUUGCAACUCUGCCUAGAAGAUCAGCAUCCCAGAGUCGCCUCUUCACUGUUGACGUUGAGACUGGUGUUUUGCGGGUACUAUUUAAUGAAGCUGCCAGUUGAGGACCUGUGAGGCGUCUCUUUCUCAAACUAGACACUCUAAUGUAUUUGUCCUCUUGCUCAAAAGGUACAGGGAUUGGACUGUUGAGGACUGGGGUAAAGUCAUUUUCUCUGAUGAAUCCCCUUUCCGAUUGUGUGGGGCAUCCAGAAAAAAGCUUGUCCGGAGAAGACAAGGUGAGCGCUACCAUCAGUCCUGUGUAAAGCAUCCUGAGACCAUUCAUGUGUGGGGUUGCUUCUCAGCCAAGGGAGUGGGCUCACUCACAAUUUUGCCUAAGAACACAGCCAUGAAUAAAGAAUGGUACCAACACAUACUCCAAGAGCAACUUCUCCCAACCAUCCAAGAACAGUUUGGUGACGAACAAUGCCUUUUCCAGCAUGAUGGAGCACCUUGCCAUAAGGCAAAAUAACUAAUUGGCUCGAGGAACAAAACAUCGUAAUUUUGGGUCCAUGGCCAGGAAACUCCCCAGACCUUAAUCCCAUUGAGAACUUGUGGUCAAUCCUCAAGAGGCGGGUGGACAAACAAAAACCCACAAAUUCUGACAAACUCCAAGCUUUGACACUUAUGGAAUGCUUGUAAUUAUACUUCAGUAUACCAUAGUAACAUCUGACAAAAAUAUCUAAAAACACUGAAGCAGCAAACUUUUGGUUGCUCAAAAACAUCUGGCUUUUCAUGUGGAAAUGUUGUGUAAUGCACCUUUUUAACAGAAAUCCCCUUCCGGCAUAGAAACCAUGGAAAUUAAAAACAAACUACAUUUUAAGUGAGAAGUAGGCAUUGGUCUGAAGCCGAAAAAUAAAUGAAAUUCACGAGCGCCACAAUGCCUACUUCACCCAUGCUCUACCAAGGUUUUCCAGCACACAGCUUUGACCUACUACAGUAGCUAUGUUGGUCUAUUAUACUUCAAACAAUGUGUAUGCAGGUUGCUUAGGAUUCAAACCUUCUCAAACAGCCUAAUUCAUACUCUUCAGAGGAAAAAUGGACUUUACAUUGUCCUUCUAUUAAAAUAAUGCGAGUGUAUAUAUCUUUAGUCUAUAUGUAUUUUUAGAUUUAGGCGUAUAGUAUAUAUGCCUAUAGUAGGCCUAAAUGUGUUUUAUUGUAGCGUCACCAUCUUUACUGCAAAAAUAUAUACAAAUACAAACAACUUAAGCUACAUAUUCAUUUGACAGAGUUAAGGAACUGACCAUUGAUCAGCACAGCAAUUGAUAAAACAGGACCAUGUUUGCAAAACAAGUGGUUUUGAGCUUAUGUCAAUAUUACAAAGAUUAGCUAAUGGUUACAGAAAUCUGGACAGAUUCUAUAGACCUCUCUAUCUAUAUGAGUAACUGUGUCCAACACACCACCACCUGUUAUGUUGCACACCUACUGACCAAAAAAGGAUGUUGUUAUGAAAUAUAUAUAUUUCUCAAUGACACACACUUCCGGUCAAAACGUUUUAGAACACCUACUCAUUCAAGGGUUUUUCUUUAUUUGUACUAUUUUCUACAUUGUAGAAUAAUAGUGAUGACAUCAAAACUAUGAAAUAACACUUAUCAUGUAGUAACCAAAAAAGUGUUAAACAAAUCAAAAUAUAUAUAUUUGAGAUUUUUCAAAUAGCCUCCCUUUGCCUUGAUGACAGCUUUGCACACUCUUGGCAUUCUCUCAACCAGCUUAAUGAGGUAGUGACCUGGAAUGCAUUUCAAUUAACAGGUGUGCCUUCUUAAAAGUUAAUUUGUGGAAUUUCUUUAAUUCUUAAUGCGUUUGAGCCAAUCAGUUGUGUUGUGACAAGGUAGGGGGGGGUAUACAGAAGAUAGCCCUAUUUGGUAAAAGACCAAGUCCAUAUUAUGGCAAGAACAGCUCAAAUAAGCAAAGAGAAACGACAGUCCAUCAUUACUUUAAGACAUGAAGGUCAGUCAAUUCCGGAACAUUUCAAGAACUUUGAAAGUUUCUUCAAGUGCAGUCGCAAAAACCAUCAAGCGCUAUGAUGAAACUGGCUCUCAUGAGGACCGCCACAGGAAUGGAAGACCCAGAGUUACCUCUGCUGCAGAGGAUAAGUUCAUUAGAGUUACCAGCCUCAGAAAUUGCAGCCCAAAUAAAUGCUUCACAGAGUUCAAGUAACAGACACAUCUCAACAUCAACUGUUCAGAGGAUACUGUGUGAAUCAGGCCUUCAUGGUCGAAUUGCCGCAAAUAAACCACUACUAAAGGACACCAAUAAGAAGAAGAGACUUGCUUGGGCCAAGAAACACGAGCAAUAUACAUUAGACGGGUGGAAAUGUGUCCUUUGGUCUGGAGUCCAAAUUGGAGAUUUUUGUGCCGUGUCUUUGUGAGACGCGGUUUGGGUGAACGAAUGAUCUCUGCAUGUAUAUUUCCCACUGUAAAGCAUGGAGGAGGAGGUGUUAUGGUGUGGGGGUGCUUUGCUGGUGACACUGUCUGUGAUUUAUUUAGAAUUCAAGGCACACUUAUCCAGCAUGGCUACCACAGUAUUCUGCAGUGAUACGCCAUCCAAUCUGGUUUGGGCUUAGUGGGACUAUCAUGUGUUUUUCAACAGGACAAUGACCCAACACACCUCCAGGCUGUGUAAGGGCUAUUUGACCAAGAAGGAGAGUGAUGGAGUGCUGCAUCAGAUGACCUGGCCUCCACAAUCCCCCGACCUCAACCAAAUUGAGAUGGUUUGGGAUGAGUUGGACCGCAGAGUGAAGGAAAAGCAGCCAACAAGUGCUCAGCAUAUGUGGGAACUCCUUCAAGACUGUUGGAAAAGCAUUCCAGGUGAAGCUGGUUGAGAGAAUGCCAAGAGUGUGCAAUGCUGUCAUCAAGGCAAAAGGUGGCUAUUUGAAGAAUCUCCUAAUAUAAAAUAUUUCCUGUUUUGGUUACUACAUGAUUCCAUAUGUGUUAUUUCAUAGUUUUGAUGUCUUCACUAUUAUUCUACAAUGUAGGAAAUAGUAAAAAUAAAGAAAAACCCUUGAAUGAGUAGAUGUUCUAAAACUUUUGGCCGGUAGUGUAUAUUGCUCAAAUAAAGGUUUAAAUAAAUUACAAUUUAAAUGGCAAAGAACAACAGGCAGGUACCACCAUUUCUUUUUUAAAGAAGAAGAAAAAGCUCACUCAAUCAAACCUGAUGGUCUUAUACGUAUACAAGUUUGAAAUGUAGUGGAAUGGGACAAUGUCUUUGUGUGAGUUGGAAAGCAUGCAAUACUGUAUUUUGUAUGUGGUACAAAUCACAUUAUUGUGGGAGCACCUCCUCUUAGAGUAUGAAUUAGGCUGUUUGAGAAGGUUUGAAUCCUAAGCAAGUACAAUAGACCAACAUAGCUACUGUAGGUCAAAGCUGUGUGCUGGAAAACCUUGGUAGAGCAUAGGUGAAGUAGGCAUUGUGGCGCUCAGGUGAAUUUUAUUUUAUUUUAUUUUAUGGCUUCAGACCAAUGCCUACUUCUCAUUUAAAACGUAGUUUUUGUGUUUUUAAUAGGCAUACAACUAAUAUAUCAACUGUAUAAUGUUUAUAUAUGCACUAGAUGUAAUGAAGACAAGUUUUCCUUCCAGGCUCUACAGAGCGUGUUGAGCAAGUGAUGGACGAGGUGGAGAAGUACAUUAUGACUCGCCUAUAUAAGAGCGUCUUCUGCCCCGAGACCACAGAUGAUGAGAAGAAAGACCUGGCCACUCAGAACAGGAUACGGUAAGGACUACCAUUUUCUGCCUGAAAGAUGAGCCGUUUUAUUGAUUUGUUUAUGAAUUGGGGUGUUUGUCACUGUGGGCAGACAUGCAUGCAAUUAUCCUACCUUAUCUGUCAAUGUGCAUGGUAAUGACCCUUUGUGUUUGUGUCACUGUGGGUGUUUGUCACUCUCUCACCCACCACUGUAUUGGUUGUAUAGGGCAUUACACUGGGUGGACAUUCAGAUGCUCUGUGUGCCAGUGGAUGAGGAGAUCCCAGAGGUGUCAGACAACGUGGUCAAAGCCAUAACAGGUGAGUCAUGGAUGGUGUCACACAGGAUCCCAUUAGGACUCAACCAAAACUCGUCUCUUUAUCCUCUUUAAAUCAUGGGUAGUGUUCAGAGGACUCUGCAGUGUGUUGCCUUUUUUGUUAGUUUUUUUACCUUUAUUGAACCAGGAAAAGCCCAUUGAGACACAGUCUCUUUUGCAAGGGAGACCUGGCCAAGAAGGCAGCAGCAGUCAAUACAACAUUACACAAUUUAAAACAUACAAUACAGUCAGCACAACAACAUGAUCUGACCUACAGGAAACAUUUACACAUCUCCUGAACAGAGUUUUUCACCAGUGUUUUAAACUGGGGCACUAGUACAUCUAGGUGUAGCAUACUCUGCAGCCUGAGUAUGCUAUAAGUCUGUUCUCGGUUGUACAAAAAAUUAGGAAACACAGUAAUUGAAAUCUUGUUAGUGUGGACAGGAUUGUGAAUUGUGUGUUGCAUCACAGACGUCAUUGAGAUGGACUCCAAGCGGGUACCAAGGGACAAGCUAGCGUGCAUCACGCGCUGCAGCAAGCACAUCUUUAGCGCCAUCAAGAUCACCAAGAGCGAGCCAGCCUCGGCAGACGACUUCCUGCCCACCCUAAUCUACAUCGUACUGAAGGCCAACCCUCCACGCCUGCAGUCCAACAUCCAGUACAUCACCCGCUUCUGCAACCCCAGCAGGCUCAUGACCGGAGAGGACGGAUACUACUUCACUAACCUGGUACGUGUCUCUGUGCCACCUCAUACCACUCCCUCAUGCCCACACCAAGUUGAUGAGAACCAAGCACACACUCUGUUGGUUCAUAGCUCACCUCCUGUGUCCUCUCUCUGUUUUAGUGCUGUGCAGUUGCUUUCAUCGAAAAACUGGACGCCCAGUCCCUCAACUUGGACCCUGAGGACUUUGAGCGCUACAUGUCGGGCCAGGCCUCCCCUCGCAGGCCUGAGGUGGGCAGUAGCUGGCCCCAGAUGGACACUGCCGCUUCCAGACCCGCCCUGGCCCAGGUCUACCAGAACCUGGAUCUCCUGUCAGGCCUGGGGAGCCGGCAGGAAAGGGUUCUGGAGGGGGCGCGGAGCCUGCAGAGUGACCUGAUCACCUGGCAGGAGAGUGUGGAGCGAGAGGUGCAGGAAAUACUGGAGAAGUACCCGUUGGAGAUCCGCCCGCCUGCCCUCUCUGCCAUCGACUCGGACAACGUGGAAAACGACCGGCUGCCGCUGCCACUGACGCCCCAGGUGUUUGCUGGGUAAUAUCUCUCCAGAAUGGGAGGCAACAGAGGGCUUCUUGAACUAACGAUCCCGCCUCUCUGAUCCCGUCAUUGGCUCUUUACUAUGGCGAGGUUCAGGAAAUGGCAGCCCCCUCGUGUCUCUACUGCUACCCUUUUAAACAUUCUCACACACUGUAAGCAAAGUAGGCUUUUGUCCAUUUUGCCCCAUUUUUUGCCCUUUCACAGAUCUUAAUAUCUCAGCAUGGUUAAAUUAAGCAUUAAUAGAUAAAAAGGAAGGACUAAGUUUGAGGAAAAGGGUUAAGUGACCUUUAAUGGAACCAAGUCUAUACAAUGCUCCUGCAUACACAUACUCCUUUUAGACUAGCCCUCUUCAGAUCAGAUGGCCUCACGCUAUGUAUGGCUGAGUUGGCAUUAGGCCCUAGUCUGCACUCCUCUACAUCCCCGCUGCACUGACACAGAUGGCACACCUUGAAACUGUAAGAUUACUUCUCCACCUUGUCAUGCUGAGGAAAGGGGUAUGUUAUUUUUAGAUAGCUGCUAGUGAAUUUGGGAAAUGCUGACUCCUGCACCUUGCAGUAUGAACUCUUCAGAAUUCUAUACUCUGUUUGCAUGUGCUUUGCGCCUAGCCUUCUUGAGUCACCACCAUGGGACUAGGCUGCAGUCUAAUUGUGCGCAACAGGGGGAAAAAAGGAUGAAUGUCAUCCAAAACCUAAGGUCUUAAGCAAGUUCUUAUAUGUGAGUAUGCCCCAAUGUGUGGUCUCAACUAAUAUUUUGAAUGCUAAUAUAGAACGCUUAAUCAUCAGACUUAACUGAGAGGAAAUUAUGAAUUAAGGUACUUUUAACUUCUCUCAUUCAUUUUAGAUCGCAAUUAUGUGUCAGUAGGACCAAGAGCCCUCACUGUAUGUAUUCAAGUUUGGACCUAGUUUUUCCUGAUAAUGUGACCUGACCAGGAAAACCUCCGCUUACUACUCAUCUAGUAUGCCCAUGAGGCAAAGUAAUGCAGAAGAAUGCUUCUUGUUAUACCAUGGAAUCGCAGGGCAUGAUUUUUUAAAUGUUUGAUCCAUGGUGCUGGUUUGCUGGUGCAGCAAACUACAAUGUGUACUACAAUAGGGAAAUUAUCAUGUAUGUCCCUAAAUGAACAAUGCAUUAAAAGGGAAUUUCUUCUUUCAGUUACAUAUGUAUUAGUGGGGGAUAAUAACAAUAUUAUUGGGAGGCAGUAUAAUGGUAAGUUUGCAUUGUAAUAUAUUAACGUUGGAUAAACAAUAACUCCCUAUGGCAUUAGGAAAGGCAGAGCCCAUAACACUCCUUAAUUAACACUGUCACUGUUUAACUUGAUCAAACACUGUUUCAUUGUUUGUAAGCCUUCCUUGGUGCACUGCUGCUAUUUUUCUAAUUUGAUUUGCGAGUUUGAUGGUACAGAAUUAUCUGGCUGUAAAAAGAAGUCAAGGCAAUGAUACUACUUGAGCUAAACGUGAGAACUUAUCCAUAAGCUUGCUAAUAUACAGUAUGUGGCCCUGUAAUUUCAUUAUAAUCACAUUUCAAAUGGUCGUAAAAUAUUCAAGAGGAUGCCAGCCUAGUGAAACAAAGGAUAAAUAGAGGACUUCAACUUAAUACGCUAUUUAUGCUGUUUUUUCCCCAUUUUGCCACAGACUUUUAAUUUUGCAACAGAUCUGGGAACGGCAUCCUAACAUUUAUUUAUUCUUCAGAUAGAGUGGUACUUGUUACAAUCUGUGAAACCUAAAGUUUGACCAAGAUGCAAGUUACUGUGUUAUGUACAAAAUGCCAGUGAACUGCUGAUAUGGAUUGUGGCAUGUUGUACAUCAUAGAAGUAAUUGUGAAAGAUGGAUG